CUGGCAUCGUUAAUUUACUGACAACAAAAUAUGGCGUAUUACACGUGUGUAUACCUAAACUAAAUUUUGUUAACCAUCACACCAGAGAAUGGUAAGUAUUUUCUUGGUCAUAACAAUUAAUUAUACUUUUUUCUUUUACAAUGACAACUAAGAAAUUAAAAAAUAUGAAAUAAUAUCCAGAAGUUAAAUUAAACUUUAGGCUAGCUACCUUAGGUUGACCAAACGUCCCGUAAAUACGGGAUUGUCCACGAUCGUACCCGGUUUCCCGAAAAAGUCUCUCGGCACGCCUAAAUGUCCCAUUUCUAAAACCAAACACAUAUCCACAUAUAUCAAGGAGGGAUAAGAAGGAGGGUGUAACAGCCAAAUAUCCUCAAUUUAAAUCCUAGACUAGAAAAAUUUGAUUUGGUUUAUUAUGUUGAAAAUAUUAAAUUGGUAAGCUACUUCACAAGGAAGAUAUUAAGCAGCAGAGGCAACCAUCAAGGUUAGUUCAACAAUGCCAACGUUUAAUAGGAGAACAACAUGGAGUUCUAUCAAGAGCUAAAUGAAUGAAGACAUAACUUCAUUUGCGAUGAAGACAUGACAUAACUUCAUUUGCGAUGAAGACAUAACUUCAUUUGCGAUAUUAUCCGGUGGUUGACAAUAUUUGAUUUGUUUUAUUAUGUUUUCAUGCUGUCUAGUAUUUUUACAUGUUGAUAGAACUCCAUGAGACUUAUCAGCACUACGCUUUUAGGAGUCCAGGUUGACUAAAAAUAUAUUCUUGUAUAAAAAAAAUAUAUACUACAUUUUCGGUUGUUAGUUUUACUCCUUUCUACAUCCAGUGUUGAAUAGACUGAGACAUUUGAGUGGUUUUUGGGCCAUCUAUGAUUAUAGUUGGUAGCACUGAAAGGGGUAAGUGAAGCGUGAUGCUGAUUUAGGAGCAUUGGGGUGUGCAUGAUAGGUGGAUGAUCAAUAUAUUGUUGCUUGAUAGAUACGGCAACAGUAUAUAAUAUAUAGAAAAAUCAACCUAGUGACAAAUUUCGUCAGCACUCUCUUUUGUUUGCUUCGUUGUUGUAUGACUAAAGUUUGUAACAUAAUGAUUUCGUGAAAAUUGAGAAAACUAACCCAGUUUGCUUCCAGCUCUUCUUUUCCCCUCUCCAAAUACAACUUUCUGUAGUUAUUAGUCUAUAAUUUGUUCACAUGUUACGGGAUAUUGGGUAAAAAAUCAAGCCCGAAUGCUUAAUGCAGGAGGGGAUGUCCCAUGGCUCGCCACAUUAAAUAUUGUGAACCACCGGAUGUAUAGCUAAUGAAGUUAUGUCUUCCUCGCAAAUGAAGCUAUGUCUUCAUUCAUUUAGCUCUUGUUUGUGUUUUCAUAAAUGCACAUAACAUGUAUACAUAAAGCUUUUUGUGAAGUUAUGUAAUCAUUUCUUGGUUGAUUUUAAAAAAAAUAGAUAGAAAUAAGUAUCUCAAAAUAUUUUACUAUUUACCAACUACUAAAAUUAAAGGAUUUAUAUAAUCACAGCAAGGAAAUGAUAACAUAUUUUUCCAAAAGAAUUUCUUGUUGUUCUACAUUUAAGUGUAGAAUAAUUCAAAAGUAAAUUCAUGUUUACGCCUGCAAUAAAAAUAAUUGAACCGCCUCCCCCACUUUCACUGGAAUAACUUCAGUGAGCUGCCUUGAAGGAGGUGGUAUACACAUUGAUAAUGAUAAGAUCCCCCAUUAAAAUUAAUUCUUCUGGUGGUGUUUCUCUAUGCGUAUAAUGGUGUAUAUUACAUGAAUAGAUAUGUAUAUAAUUUGUCAUUGAUCACUGUCCAUAUUGUACUUUCAUAUCUUAUUUUUUUUAUAUACACUCAACAGAGUAAACUUCUAUACAUCCUGUUUGAACAUGCUGCUGGAUAUGCAUUGUUCUCUGUAAAAGAAUUUGAUGAAGUAGCUACAUUUCUGCCACAGGUGGAGAGUAGUGUUACUGACAUUAGCAAGUUUCAGUCAGUUGUCAAGCUUUCUGCAUUUCAGGCCUUCAGAAAUGGGCCUAAUUCAUUGGAUAACAUUAAUGCAAUUGCUGCAGGUUUGUUAAGUUAUAUUUCUAUACAUUUAUAUGAUUGGAUAUGAAAUGUUACUAAGCUUAAUCUUUGUAUCCAUGAAAGAUUUGGAUUUUAACCAAAACUUUACAGCAGUAACUUACUGAAGCACUACAUCGCUAUGAAAAGCCCGAUCUUCUGCUAUUGUGCUAAAAGAUUGCUUCUAACAAAUUUUUAGUAAUAGUUUUGUAUUUAGAGUAUUUAAUUCACUCAAUAUUUUCGUGAUAAUGUAGGACAAAACAUAGUUAUCAGGGUAACUGUUCACAAACACUAACACUUUCUUUCCUUAAUAAAUACAUAAUAGGAGAGUUGCAUCCAGAUUUACAAGCAUUUUUAGAGAAAGAGGUUCCUGCCCCCAAGAAAAAAGUUCAAGUUAUUCUUGGAGUUGGAGAUGCCAAAAUUGGAGCUGCUAUAUCAGAUACUCUUCACAUUUCUUGUCAACAUAGUGGAGUUGUAUUAGAGCUUAUGCGUGGUAAAAAAAAUGUUGACUUAUGGAUUAUAAACUUGUGUACUUUUUUGUUGCUCUCUCUUCAUUGUGCUCUUCCUUUGAUAAUCACAAAUACUGGGGUUAAGAUUGCUAAAUAUUAUUUGAAAACAAAAUUGACUGAAUGUGAAGUUAAUAAAGAUUUUAGAAAGGAUUUUACUUUAAUACUUAAUAGUUUCUUUGUAGUCUCAAACACACUCGCCAAUCUAUUUAACUCAAAUAUUUUUUUACUCACUCUUUUAUAAUUUUUUUUCAGGUAUUCGUACCCAUUUCCCACACUUUAUAAAUGCUUUGACAGAAUUAACUGCUGGUAAAGCCCAAUUGGGUCUUGGACACAGUUAUUCCAGAGACAAAGUGAAGUUUAAUGUUAAUAGAGUAGAUAAUAUGAUCAUACAGAGCAUUAGUUUAUUGGACCAACUAGAUAAAGAUGUAAACACUUUCUCCAUGAGAAUAAGGUAUGUACCAUACUUAAUUUUAUAACUUACUCAUUUUUACCACAUGUAGUAAGUAGAAAAUGCAGUGUGGAUCUACACAGUGGAGUCAGUAUGCAGAUCAUUGUUCUGAAGUUUAACAUGAAAUUCAGAUUAAUGGAAUUUUAAAAUAAACAUGUUUAGUAGUAUUGUAUUAUGAAAUGAUCAAGUCCAACGGGAUAACUUAUUCCAGUCCCUAUGCACUCCAUACACCACUGUAUCAGAAAAUAAGUAUAAAACCAAUUUGUUUGAAGGAAUGUUGUUUGAACGGAAAUAAUGAUAAGAGAAAUAAGAAUGUUAUUAAAAGGUUGACGUUUCCCCAUUUCUCACUCACAUCUUCCCCCAAAAAAUUUAUUUUCACUAUGUGAAACAAAUUUCAUUUUGAACUACCGUACCUUCAGUUCGAAUAAUAUUCCUUCAUACAAAUUGGUUUCAUAAAUACUCAUUUCUGUUACAUUUACUACAUAACGGCUACAAACAAGAAAUGACAUGACCCCCACUUUGUCUUUAACCCUUUACAGUCCGAUGCGCCCGAAAUGCGCCGAUUUUUUCCUUAAGCGUACAGUCCGAUGCGGCCAAACCCGCCCGUUACGAGGUUGUUUACUUUCGUUCUUAGCACAGCGGAAAUCCAUUGCGCAUUACUAUUUAUAGUUCUACCGGAAGAAAGCCUCGUUGUCGGCAUUUAUUUUGAUACUGGUUUGACCGCGGUGUGCUUAGGGGCUGAUUUUCUGUGAUUUUUUUUAAAAGUCGCGAUUUUUUCGCUGUAAAAAAUGGCUAUCUAAGCCUUGGAUACACUUUUGAAAGAACUUAGGCCUAAUGAAGCUACACUAUUUCAUGAGUGGGAGGGUCUCUGAAACUAUUUUUAGGUUUAACUUUUGAUUUAAUCAUUUCUUUGUAUUUAGGUAUUUUUUUUUUUAUUUUGUUGCUUGUAGUUUAUUUUCUGUAAAUUAAUUAGAUAAAGAACCUUCAUUUAAAAUGGAGUUAUGUCCCUUUGCUUGGGCGCUGGGAGUAGACAAGGCUGAAUAGGUUUGGACUGUAAAGGGUUAAGUUUUGUAAUACUUGUAUUUAGACUUUUCCCCAAGUCAUAGAUAUUUAUUUAUUUAGUGUAGUUUUGUAAACAUAAUAGAAAAAGAAAAAGAAUGUAAUAGAAACUUUUAAAAUUUAUUAUACAGGUAAUUAUUUUUGUUGAUUCUUGAAAGAUUGAUAGGAUAUAUUUUUGGUACCGUACCUGAUUAGAUACUUUUCCUAAAGUAAUAAAAAGACUUGUUUCAUAAAAUGAUGUUGUUUUGUAUCGGUACUUGUAAUGUACUUUAUGCACAAGUUUUUUUUUUUUCUAACCAUCACUGAAGUCGGUAUUUCUUUUAUAUCUUGCAGAAAGUGUAUAAUGAUAAAGACCAUAAAUAUUAAUAGUUUUCUAAGGUUCAGGUUAAGUACGUAUUAUGAGGUCAAGAAAGAUCUUUUAGCAAUUUAUUAUGUGAAUUUUUUUUUGUAUGGCUCACUAUUUUUCUUUCAGGGAAUGGUAUUCAUAUCACUUUCCAGAGUUGGUUAAAAUAGUGAAUGACAAUUUCAUGUUUGCUCGUCUAACCAACUUGAUUGGUGACCGCACUAAAUUACAGCCUGAAAUGGAAGAUGCCAUUGAGGAGGUCGUAAUGGAUAGUGCUAAAGUCAAGGCUAUUUUUGAGGCUGCCAAGUCAUCAAUGGGUGAUUUUUUUUUUUAAUAUUCUUUUUUUUAUAUAUUUAUUUCUAUUUUAAAAAAUUAGGCAUAAUUUCUCUGUGUAGCUUUCAAUAUUAAUAUUUUUUUCUUGUUUAUUUUUUUAAUUUGAUAAAGUUUUCUUAUAAUAAUUAUAGGAAUAGACAUUGGUGCGAUUGAUUUGAUGAACAUACAAAUGUUUGCAAAGCGAGUGAUCAGCUUAACAGAGUAUAGGCGGUCAUUGGCAGAAUAUUUACAUAGCAAGAUGCUGAGUGUGGCUCCUAAUCUUGCUGCUCUUAUUGGUGAACAAGUUAGUAUUUAUGACUUGUCAGUCUUUGUUUUUUCUAAUAAUCUUAAAAAUUUGUACCAUAGUUAAUUAUUUUUGUGUCUUACAAUGUAUACAAUACCCCGAUAUACAAUGUAUACAAUAUAAUUUUCUGGAGAAUAAGUGUUUGAAAAAUUCAUAAUAAAACUCAUUUUUCUAAACACAUGCUUUUUAAAGAUUGCAACAAUGAAUGCCUGUAAAUUUAUCCAUACAAAAUAGUUAAUAAUUAAUAUUAUAAAAAAACUAUGGCUACAAGGUUGUUGUAAUUGAUCAUUGAUAAUGUUAUUUGAUCAUAUAGACAGUUUCCUCACAUUUAUAUCGGGACAUUAUGUCUAUUAGCUACAAGGCUUUAAUGAUCAUAGUCAAAGAUAAUCUCAUGCUCAAAAGCUUUUUUAUAGCUCUUUCGUGUACUUUUUAUUUUUAUUAUAGAUAUUGAACAUUUCUGUCCUUUUAAUAGGUGGGUGCACGUCUAAUCUCACAUGCUGGAAGUCUUACAAAUCUGGCAAAGUACCCUGCUUCAACAGUGCAGAUACUUGGAGCAGAGAAGGCUUUAUUCAGGCAAUUAUUUUUUUUAUUAUGUUCUCUUGUGCAAAUUUUAUGCACUUUACCAGUAAUCAUUUUUAAUUUUAUAUGUUAAAAAUAAUGUUGUUUGGUAAAUAGUUCUAGCUACUCUUGUGAAUGGUUUUUUGUUUUUUAUAUUAGAGCUCUUAAGACAAGAGGGAACACUCCAAAAUAUGGUCUCAUCUUUCACUCCACAUUCAUUGGUCGAGCUGGAGCAAAAAAUAAAGGUCGCAUCUCUCGAUAUUUGGCAAAUAAGUGCUCCAUAGCAUCAAGAGUAGAUAACUUCUCAGGUUUGUGGAAUUUCUCAUUACAUUUUAAACAAAAUAAUUUAGUCUGUUUAAAAUGAAUUAAAUAUUAAAGUUGCUUUCAUCCUGGGUUAUUUAUUAUUUUUUAUUAAUUUUGUUCAGAUGUCCCAACUUCUGUCAUUGGAGAACAUUUAAAACAGCAAGUUGAAGACAGGCUCAAGUUUUAUGAAACUGGUGAAAAUCCAGCUAAAAAUGUUGAUGUCAUGAAGAUAGCUGUCCAAGAGGUAAGUUUUCUUUAAUAAUUUUCUUUGAAUAUUGAAUUGAACAUGUGUAAGCUUCUGUAUGAUGUACAGAUAAUACUGGUUGUUGGCACCAGUUUAAAAAAAAAAUCUUAGUGCAGGUUCUGAUUCACAUCAAUAUUAUUAUAUUUUAAUAUCUAUGAACUUUUUGGUAUUUUUUUUCUUUAGGCUGAAGUGGCAAAAGUGAAGGUAAUCAAGGCGCUUAAGAAACAGGACAGGAAAGAGAAGAAGCGCAAGUUAAAAGAAGCCAAUGGUUUGGAAACAUCAGUCAUCGUAGACAAUGGAGAAGAUGAGCCUGCCAGGAAGAAAAAGAAGAAGAGUAAGAAAGAGGAUGACAUUGGAAAUGACACGUCACUGACUGAAGUUGACACUACAAUGGAUGAAAGUCUAAAGGCCAAAAAAAGCAAGAAGAAGAAGAAAUCUAAAGAUGAUGAAGAUGCUUCUGUAACAGAGAUGGACACCACUACGGAGAUAGAGCAGAAAACAAAGAAAUCUAAGAAGAAGAAGAAACAGAAAGAUGAUUAA